AUGAUUAAUUAAUCAACGGAAAUCGAAUUCUCUCAAGAAAAAGAACUCGCUGUUUCCAAAUGGCAACUAGAAGAUGAAGACAAAGAAAAUUAAACUAAGAAUCUUCUCUUGCCUGCACCACCUAAAACCUCUCUUUAUAAGAUCAAGAUAGAAUAUCCAGAUUAUAGUUCUCAAACUCCAUCAAGCAAUAAAUCAAAAGAGCUAAAAAGAAUGAUCGAAACCAAUUUCAGAAGAAGACCCAAACAGUCAAGUGACGCCUGGGAAGAAAUUCUACUUAAAUGCAAAAAUAUAAAAAAGGGAUGA